CUUACUUACUACUACCGGUUAGCUCUCUCUCUCCCCUUCCUCGUCUUUCUUCUUUCUCCCUCUAUACCAAUAAUUGCGUUUGAAACGCAAACGCAAAGGUACCUGUUCUGCGUCUCUAAAACGCAACCUUUCCCCGACCGUUCUCCCUGUGCGCUUUUGGCUUCCCUUAUAUUAUAGCCUUAGGUUUCUCACUUUCUCUCUCUCCCUAUCCACCGUUACUUCUCCGCCGACUGGUCUUCUCCUUGCCGCCGGAAUCUCGCGACAUAGGCGCCUCCGCCCGGCUGAUAAUUGGCAGCUGAAUUGCGAGUAAGGAGUUAUGGGUCUCAAUCGAGAGGAACUAGACUCGGACGUUGUUGGCUACCAGUUCAUUGACAAGCAAAAGCUCUCAGCACCUAUUAAGUCCACUGCUGAAAAGUUUCAACUCGUUCCCGAGUUCUUGAAGGUGAGAGGACUUGUGAAGCAGCACUUGGAUUCAUUCAAUUACUUUGUUAAUGUUGGUAUAAAAAAGAUUGUCCGUGCAAAUAAUCUCAUUGUCUCCAGCGUAGACCCAUCACUUUACCUCAGGUUUAAAGAUGUCAAAAUUGAUGGCCCCUCAGUUGUACUCAGUGGUGUUCUUGAAGAUAUUAAUCCCCAUAUGUGCCGAUUAGCAGACAUGACGUAUGCCGCUCCGAUAUUUGUUGAUGUAGAAUAUGUUCAAGGAAGCCAUGACCAGAAGACCAUAGUGAAAAGGGAUAAUGUAAUGAUAGGAAGGAUGCCUAUUAUGUUACGGAGUCAGCGUUGUGUCUUGUAUGGAAAAGAUGAGCAGGAACUUGCAAGAUUGGGUGAGUGCCCUCUUGAUCCUGGAGGAUAUUUUGUUAUUAAAGGAACCGAGAAGGUGCUUUUGAUCCAAGAACAACUUUCCAAGAACAGGAUUAUAAUUGAUACAGACAAAAAAGGGAACAUAAAUGCAUCUGUUACAAGUAGCACAGAAUUAACGAAAAGCAAGACAGUUAUUCAGAUGGAGAAGGAGAAGGUUUAUUUGUUUCUUCACCAAUUUGUAAAAAAGAUUCCUAUUAUAAUUGUCCUUAAAGCUAUGGGAAUGGAGAGCGAUCAGGAGAUCGUACAGAUGGUCGGAAGGGAUCCUCGUUUUAGUGCAUCACUCUUACCUUCUAUUGAGGAGUGUGUCAGUGAAGGUGUGAAUACCCGAAAGCAAGCUCUGGACUAUCUUGAGGCAAAGGUGAAGAAGACAUCAUAUGGUCCCCCUGCUGAAAAGGAAGGGAGGGCUCUAUCCAUUCUAAGAGAUGUAUUCCUUGCACAUGUACCUGUGCACAGCAACAAUUUUCGUCCAAAAUGUUUGUAUGUUGGGAUAAUGUUAAGGCGAAUGAUUGAGGCUAUGUUAAACAAAGAUGCUAUGGAUGACAAGGAUUAUGUAGGUAACAAACGGUUGGAGUUAUCUGGCCAAUUGAUUUCUCUUCUCUUUGAGGAUUUGUUCAAGACAAUGAUCAGUGAGACAAAGAAAAACGCUGAUAAUAUUCUACAAAGACCUAGCCGAUCUAGCCGGUUUGACUUCUUACAAUAUAUUAAUAGAGAUAGUAUCACUUUUGGAUUAGAGAGAACCCUUUCAACGGGAAACUUUGAUAUCAAGAGGUUCAGGAUGCACAGGAAAGGUAUGACUCAGGUAUUACAAAGGUUGUCUUUUAUAGGCAGCAUGGGGCAUGUUACAAGAAUUUCACCACAAUUUGAGAAGUCCAGAAAAGUAAGCGGGCCUAGAUCUUUGCAGCCUAGCCAGUGGGGCAUGCUAUGCCCAUGUGAUACUCCAGAAGGUGAAGCAUGUGGGCUUGUAAAAAACUUGGCUUUAAUGACUCAUGUCACUACAGAUGAAGAGGAAGGCCCAUUAGUUUCUAUGUGCUACAAAUUGGGUGUCAUGGACCUGGAAGCAUCAUCAGCAGAAGAGCUGCACACUCCAGAUUCAUUUUUGGUCAUAUUCAAUGGGCUGAUACUUGGAAAACAUGGAAGGCCUCAGUUCUUUGCUGAUUCACUCAGAAAACUGCGGAGAGCUGGGAAAAUUGGCGAGUUUGUUAGUGUAUUCUUAAAUGAAAAGCAGUACUGUGUCUAUGUUGCAUCGGAUGGUGGCCGGGUUUGUCGUCCACUUGUUAUAGCUGACAAGGGAGUAUCAAGGGUUAAGCAAUACCAUAUGAAGGAGUUACAGGAUGGAGUUCGCAAUUUUGAUGAUUUCAUACGCGAUGGUUUGAUUGAAUAUCUUGAUGUCAAUGAGGAAAACAAUGCAUUGAUUGCUUUGUAUGAAAGCGAAACUACACCCGACACAACCCACAUUGAGAUAGAACCUUUCACCAUCUUGGGUGUUGUUGCUGGACUUAUCCCUUACCCUCAUCAUAAUCAGUCACCUCGAAAUACUUACCAGUGUGCUAUGGGAAAACAAGCUAUGGGAAACAUUGCAUACAACCAGUUAUCGCGGAUGGACUCAUUACUUUACCUGUUGGUGUAUCCUCAGAGACCCUUGUUGACAACAAGGACCAUCGAAUUGGUUGGAUAUGAUAAGCUUGGAGCUGGUCAAAACGCAACGGUUGCUGUGAUGAGUUAUAGCGGAUAUGAUAUAGAAGAUGCAAUAGUAAUGAACAAAUCUUCCCUGGAUCGUGGUUUUGGCCGUUGCAUUGUUAUGAAAAAGUACUCUGCUACAAGCCAAAAAUAUGAGAACAAUACACAAGACAGGAUACUCAGGCCACAAAAAACAGGCCAUGAUGCGGAAAAGAUGCAGAUAUUGGAUGAUGAUGGAAUUGCUACUCCGGGAGAAAUUAUCAGACCAAAUGACAUCUAUUUUAACAAAGAAGUUCCUAUACAAACAAGGGGCCCAGUUCCAUCUCCGAUGGCACUAUCUGAUAGCCAUUAUCGUCCAGCCAGAGAAUUUUGGAAAGGCCAUGAAGGGGAGACACAAGUAGUUGAUAGAGUCGCUCUUUGUUCAGAUAGGAACAAUAAUAUGUGCAUUAAAUUUCUUAUUCGGCAUACUCGUCGACCAGAGCUUGGUGACAAAUUCAGCAGUAGGCAUGGGCAGAAAGGUGUAUGUGGGACAAUCGUUCAACAGGAAGAUUUUCCAUUUUCUGAACGCGGAAUUUGCCCUGAUUUGAUUAUGAACCCUCAUGGGUUUCCAAGUCGUAUGACAGUAGGUAAGAUGAUAGAGCUUCUUGGAGGUAAGGCUGGUGUUUCUUGUGGAAGAUUCCAUUAUGGUAGUGCUUUUGGAGAGCCGAGUGGUCAUGCAGACAAGGUCGAGAAUAUAAGUGAAACGCUUGUCAAGCACGGAUUUAGCUACAGUGGGAAGGACCUCAUUUAUUCAGGUAUCACUGGCUGUCCAUUGCAAGCUUACAUCUUCAUGGGACCAAUAUAUUAUCAGAAAUUGAAACACAUGGUCUUGGACAAAAUGCAUGCUCGAGGGAGUGGACCCCGUGUGAUGAUGACGAGACAGCCGACUGAAGGGAGAGCUAGAAAUGGAGGGCUACGAGUGGGAGAAAUGGAACGGGAUUGUCUCAUUGCCUAUGGAGCUAGCAUGUUGAUUUAUGAGCGGCUCAUGGUUUCUAGCGAUCCUUUUGAAGUUCAGGUUUGCAGAGCCUGUGGCUUGUUGGGAUACUACAAUUACAAACUGAAAGCUGGAGUUUGCACAACAUGUAAAAACGGUGAGAAUAUCUCGACGAUGAAGCUCCCUUACGCAUGCAAGCUCCUCCUCCAGGAGCUUCAAUCCAUGAACAUUGUUCCAAGGCUCAGGCUCGCCGAGGCAUGAUCUCUGGGGGAAGUUUUUCUGGUUUCUGACAGCUGCUGGAAAAAAAAACGUUAGGUUUGGCAAGAAGUCUCCAGAACUUGAAUUACUCAGAUCUGACAACUUAUGGGUUAUAGGCAGAGGCAGUGCCACGUGGCAUGGCGUAGAUCAGAUGGCAUUCUCAGUAAUGUUUGUGGUAGAGAACUGAGUUUGUGAUAAUUCUGUCGUCUGUCUAUGUACCAUGGUUGGACACUUUGGAAAAGGCAAAAGAAAAGUACAAUGAAGA